AGUCGCGCGCCGGCCCCGCCCCCCGCGCGCUGCUGGAGGCCGGGGGGCGUGGCCUGCUGGCCGAGGCGCGCUGCUGCACCAUGGAGCACGUGACCAGGGUGCAGCUGAGCCUGCGCUGCCCGGGGUGGGCGCGGCCGCUCCGGACGGUGUCGGCCACGGCCUGCGGGUGUGACCUGUGCCGGCGGGCGCGGUUCUGACCGGGCCGGGCCGGGCCCGAGCCCCGGAACUGCCCCAGAACGGACCGGAACUGACCGGACCUGACCGGAACUGACCCCUGGUACCCACCUGGAACUGACCCGGUACCGACCCCGCUUCUGAGCCGGUUCCGCCCUCACCCCCCGGUCCCCAUUAAAGGCCGCAGCUCGAGGGGCUCUCGCAGUCUCGGGGGUCUCGGGGGGGGGGCACGCCGGGAUUGCCGCCCCCAAAACUCCUUUAUUGACCCCAAAAUCCUUCACUGACCCCAAAAUCCUUCACUGACCCCAAAAUCCUUCACUGACCCCAAAACUCCUUUAUUGACCCCAAAAUCCUUCACUGACGCCAAAGCCGCCCUCGGGGGUCCCGAGCGCCCCCAGCCCCGGCUCUUCCAAUUUCCGGGAACGUGAAUUUCCCCAAAAAUUGGGGAAAAAACGGGGUAAAAAAGAACUUUUGGUGUCACUUCCGGCAGAAACCCCGCCUCUUCUCCUCCUCCCCUCCCCUGGGCCCCCGCCCCUUUUCCGCGCUCCGCGGGCGCCCAUUGGCCGGAGCGCACGCGCACGCCGCUCGCCGCGCUCUGAUUGGCCGGCGGGCUGCCGCUCCCGCUGACUGACGGGGCGCGCCGUCAAUCAAACCCUCGGCAGCCAAUGAGAGCCGCGGAUCGGGAGCGGAAGUGCGUGGGCGGAGCCGGAAGCGGCAGACUCCGGUGGUGCCGGUGCCGAUCCCGGGUCGGGCCCGGUGGUGGCGCCGGUGCCGGCGCUGAUCCCGGAGCCGCUCCCGGAGCCGGAGCCGCUCCCGGUUCCUCUCUCAGUGCCGGCGCUGAUCCCGGUGCCGGCGCUGAUCCCGGUUACGCUCCCGGUGCCGGCGCUGAUCCCGGUGCCGGUGCCGCCGCCGCCGCCGCGAUGCCGCGCUGGGCGCGGGGCUGGCCCGAGGCGCUGAAGGCCCGCGCCGCCCGGUACGCGCUGCAGCGCUGGCUCGGGCCCUUCCUGGAGGAGCCGCUGCGGCUCGAGCAGCUCGGGCUGGACCUGCGCGGCGGCACCGGGAGCCUGCGGGAGCUGCGGCUGCGGGCGGCGGCCGUGGACGAGCUGCUGGCGGCGGCGGGGGCGCCGCUGGAGCUGCGCCAGGGCGGGCUCGGCGCCGUCACGGUCACCGUGCCCUGGGCCGCGCUGGGCACCGAGCCCGUGCGGCUGCGGCUGCACCGCCUGCGCCUCGUGCUGCGGCCCCGGCCGCCGGGGUCGCCGGGGCCGGGGUCGCCCCCCCCGGGGGGGCCGCGGCAGGGCCGGGACCCCCCCCAGGAGCCGCCCCCGCUGGAGGGGCUGGAGGCGCUGGCCACGAGCAUCGAGGCAGUGCUGCGCCGCCUGCAGGUGCUGCUGGAGGACACCGAGCUCUGCCUGGAGCUGCCCCCGCAGCCCGGGGGGGGCCCGGGGGGGGCCCUGGAGCUGCACCUGCCCAGGGUGGAGUACGAGGACUCGGGGGGGGCUCCCGGGGCCGGCCCCCCCGCCGUGCUGCACAAGGGGCUGCGGCUGCGCGACCUGCGGCUGCUGUGGGCGGAGCCCGGGGCGCAGGCUGUCCCCCCACAGCUCGGGGCGCUCCUGCCGGGCCCUGCGGAGCUUUGGCUGCGCCUGAAGCAGAACGAGAACGUGCCGGGCCCAGCGGUGGAGCUGGAGGGGAAGGUGGGGGCCCUGCACCUGCUGCUGCCCCCCCCCCUGCUGGGGACCCUGCGGGGGCUGCUGGGGGCCCUCGACCCCCCCGGGCCGCCCCCCGGGGGUCGCAGCCGCCCCCUGGGCCCGCAGGACCUGGCGCUGAUCGAGCGGGAGCUGAGCCGGGGGCUGCGGGGGGGGCGCGGCCCCCCGAGCCCCCCCGGGGGGGACCCCGACAGCGAGCUGUUCUACUCCAUGACGGGGUCCCUGGGGGGGGACGACAGCGCGACCCCCCCCGGGGACAGCCCCUCCCCCAGCCCUGCCGGGAGCCCCCGGCGCCGCCGCCCCUCCCCCCACAGCUGCGCCCCCCCAGGCCGGGGUCCCCCGUGCCGGGGGGGGCUGCGGGUGCAGGUGACCCUGGGGACCCUCACGGCCGUGCUGCCCGAGCAGGGCGGGGCCCCCAGCCCCGCCCACCAGCGCCUGUGGGCGGAGCUCUGCGACGGCCACGCCCACCCCGCCUGGGACCACGCCCUGCCCUUCCCCCACCUCAGGCUGUCGGCGGGGGGGGCGCAGCUGGGGCUGGACUCGGGGGGCGCGGGGGGGCCCCGGGGGGGGCUCUCUCUCGCCCGCCUGGAGCUGCUGGAGGAGCUGCCGGGGGCGCGGCCGCCCCGCCUGCAGGUUCUGUGUUUCCCCACCCCCCCGGCCGCCGGCCCCGCCCCCGCCCAGCCCGUGCUCCGCCUACGCUGGGGCCCUCCCGGCCCCGCCCCCCGCGGGGCCCCGCCCCUCCCCAAGGGCCCCGCCCCCCCGCUGGAGCUGGGGGUGGAGCUCCGCCCCCUCGAGGCCGAGCUGGACCUGGGGCUGCUCGAGCGCCUCGGCCCCGCCCUCGCCGCCAUCUUUGGCCCCGCCCAUGACACGGCCAUGGCAGAGGACACGCCCCCUGGAGAGGCGCGGUGGGCGUGGCCCCUGGUGCGGUGGGCGGCGCCGGGGGCGGGGCUGCGGCUGUGGCUGCCCCUGACCGACCUGCGCCCCGCCCCCGCCCGCGCCCCCCCGCCCCGGCUCCGCCCCGAGAGCCUCCGGGUGGGGCUGGGGGCGCCCCGGGGCUGGGCGGGGCCGGGGGGCGGGGCCAUGGCCUGCGAGCACCUGGAAGUGACCUACGAGGCCGAGGACAUGGGGACCCUGCCCUGCCUGCGCGCCGAGCCGGGGCCCGGCCCGGGGGGGGCCCACGGCGUCCCCACGCUGGAGGUGACGGUGGCCGUGGCCCCCCCGCAGGGCCCCCCCGGGCCCCCCCCGACCCCGUUCUCCGCCCGGCGCAGCAUCUACGAGAGCCACGAGCUGGUGCUGCCGGGGACCCCCGAGGAGCUGGGGGCGUUCGUGGGGGGGGCCCUGGGCGGGGCCCCCUGGAGCCUGCAGGUGACGCUGCCCCGCGCCCACCUGAGCCUGAGCCCCCCCGAGCUGCUGCAGCGGCUCUACAACAGGAUCAACAACGACCUCCUGCUCUGGGACCCGGCUGGCCCCGCCCCCUCGGUCAGCCCCGCCCCCUCCGGGGACCACGCCCCUCCGGAGGACUCCGCCCCUUCAGAAGGCCCCGCCCCCUUCAGGCCCUGCAGGUCGGCGCUGGGCACAGACUCGGAGGAUGACGAGGAUGAGGAUGAGGAGGACGAAGGCCCCGGGGGGUCCCCGCAGGACCCCGGGGACCCCCCCGGGCCCCCCCAGAGCGGCGGCGCCAUCCUGGUCACCGUGCCCUGGGGCCGCGUCACCGCCGAGCGUCCCCCCGCGGGGGGGGUCCCGGGCUCACGGCUGGUGCUGGAGGUGGGGGAGGGGCGGCUCUGCAUCCUCCCCCGCCCGGGGGGGGUCCGGGGCCUGUCCCGGGCCUGCGCCGACGCCCGGAGCCUCGUCCUGCUGCACGGCCCGGUGCCGGAGGAGGGGGAGGGGCCGCCCCCCCCCCUGCACCCCACCCUGGUGCCCUGGGAGGAGCCCGCGCCCCCCCCCGGGGUCCCCCCGCCCCCCCGGAUGUUGGCGCUGGCGCUGGGCAGCCACCUGAGCCCCCGCGGGGACAGCAAGGAGCUGGAGGUGGCCGUGGCCCUCGAGGGGGUGAUGCUGCGGCACCGCCCCGACCCCCCCGGGACCCCCUGGUACAGCCAGCUGCUGGCCCUGCUGGCCCUGGAGGACGAGCCGGUUUUGGGGUACGUGGCCCCCACCCCCCUGACCCAGCUGCACCUGCACCUGCAGCGCUGCGCCCUCGACUACAGGCCGGCGCCCCUCGCGCUGCGGGUGCUGCUGACGGCCGAGACCCUGAGCGUCACCUGCGGGAGCGGCCCCGAGCCCCGCCCGGGCGCCCUCAGGCUCCUGGUGGAUGAUGGCUCCGUGUUCCUGAGCGAGCGCUGCGGGGGGGCGGCGCUGGACCUGCAGAGGGAUUUCGUGUCCGUGCUGGACGUGGAUUUCCUGGAGCUGCUCCUGAGCACCGGCUGGGGGGGGGACGGCGAGGGGGGCGCGGCCCCCCCCGAGGAGCUGCUGGUGGCCCCCGCCCGCCUGCGCGGCCGCACCUGCGCCGACAGCGCCGCCGCCCUGGCCCGCCUGCUGCAGCACCUGGGGACCCCCCCAAGGGCCCCCCCGGGACCCCCCCCCGGCGAAGGACCCGCCCCCCGCCCGGGGGCACCUGGGGAGAGACCCCCGGGACGGGCAGAGCCCCCCCCGGCGGGAGAGCAGGCCGCCCCCGCCCCCAUCAACCAGCAGGACCUGACAGACGCCCUGAGGGACCCCCCCGGGGACCCCCCCGGGGACGCCCGGACCCUCGCCCAGGCCCCGGCCCCCCCGGCCCCCCCCGUGUCCCUGUACCUGUUCCCGGGGGAGGGGGGGGGCUCCGCCCGGGCCCCCCCCGCGGCCCCCGAGCCCCCCCGGGGGGGCGGCGCCGACCCCGACCCCGACCCCGACCCCGAGGGGUUCUGCGUCCUCGAGGCCCCUGAGACCCCCGAGACCGCCGCCCCCCGGCUGCGCUGGCUCGCCCCCGGGCCCCUGCGGCUCCGGCCCGGCCACUUCGGGGUCCCGCGGGGGGAGCGGGACCGGCUGCGCCCCCCCCCGGGGCUGCCCCCGCCCCGCGCCCGCCUCGUCCUGCGCGACCUCAGCCUCACCUGGGCGCUCUACGGGGGGCGGGACUUCGGCCCCGCCCAGCGCAGGCCCCGCCCCCGCACCGCAGGCCCCGCCCCCCCGCGGUGGCGCUGCCGGGGGGGCCCCGGGAGGGUCCCAGAGCAGCUGAUGGAGCUGCACCUGGGCAAGGUGUGCUUCCAGCACGAGACGUACGCGGCCGAGCCCGGGGGGGCGGCGGGGGGGGCGCGGGGGGGCGCGCUGGGCCCGGGGGAGGCGCCCACCUCCCGCCUGGUGCUGCUGGUGCCCGAGCUGGAGCUGCGCGACCGCCUGGGGGGGGGCGGCGCGCCCCCCUUCCUCUGCCGCCACCCCCGCGCCGGGCCGCCCCCGCAGCCCCCCACGCUCUGGGUCAAGGCCCUGCGGGUGCUGCCCCAGCCGCCCCCCCCUGGGGGGGUCCCCGAGUGCUGCCUCAGGGUCACCCUGACCCCGCUGCGCCUGCACGUGGACCAGGACGCGCUGAUUUUCCUCAGGGAUUUCGCCGGCGCCUUCCUCGCCCACCUGAGCCCCCCCCCGGGCCCCCCCCGGGACCCCCGCCCGCCCCCCCCGGGCUCGGGGACCCCCCCCAGCCGGAGCCGCCCCCGGACAAGGACCCCGAAACGGAGACGCCCCCGAUCUACUUCCGCGAGUUCCGCUUCACGGCCGAUGUCCCCGUCUGGCUGGAUUACCGCGGCAAGCGCGUCACCAUGGAGCAGGGCGCCCUGGCCGGGAUCCUGAUCGGGCUGGCGCGGCUGAACUGCUCCCAACUGCGGCUGAAACGGCUCUGCCACCGCCAGGGGCUGCUGGGGCUGGGCCGGGUCGUGUCUUACGCGGUGACCGAGUGGCUCCGGGACAUCCGGUGUCACCAACUGCCGGGGCUGCUGGGGGG